UUACAGUUAAAUUCAGCGUUUGGCCCCUAUUUCAGAGUCAGAAGAAUCCAAUACCCAUCACUCAGAUUGGAGAAAUGGGUUAUCAUUUGCACUCAAAACUGUGCUCAUUUUUUCAGGCUUGCUUACUUCUCUCUCUAAAAAUUGCUGUUACUUGUGGUGCUUAUGAAUUCAAAGUAGGAGGCUUACAUGCUUGGGGAAUACCCACAAAAGCAAAUGCCCAGAUCUACAACAACUGGUCCAAAUCAAACAGAUUCCACAUUGGUGAUUCACUAUUGUUUCUGUAUCCCCCAAGUCAAGACUCAGUUAUUCAAGUUGCAGAAGAAGCUUACAAUGGCUGCAAAACUAGCGAUCCAAUUUUGGCCAUGGACGAUGGAAAUUCUCUCUUCAAUCUUACCAAACCUGGUAAGUACUUCUUCAUCAGUGGAGUUGCAGGGCACUGUGAAAAAUCUCAGAAGCUUGAAAUCACAGUGUUUUCAUCAUAUGGGGACUUUUACCCUCCUUCAUCUGCUCCAUCUGUGUUACCUAGUGCUUCUUCACCUUCUUAUGCCACAGUUUUUGGGCCCAUGCCCAUGCCUUCUUCCAGUGAAAGGUCAAGGACUCAUUUUUUGGCUUCAGUUAUUGCUGGGAUUGGAGCCAUUAGCUCAGUUGCUUUUCUGAAUCUGUUUUAGAGGAAAGAAUCUAUUGAUAGUUUUCUUAAACUACUGUGUAAUUCUUUUGUAUGAUUACAGUUCUACUGAGAGAGAGGGAGAGAUUCUUUAUUUGGAGUACAACAAUGAAAUUGUCAUGCA